AUGACAGUAGAAGUAAGGCGAACGAGGACACUGGCCAGGAUAAGCAAUGGGAAGACAAAUGCUCCAGUUUACAAUGAGCGUCGAGCCGCCCUUUCGAAAAGAGCAAAUCAAACCCCGGACGAUAAAAUCGACAAUACCACCAAUCUGCACAAGAGGCGAAAAGUUCAAGAACAGUCAAAGGAAGAUAAACUUGCGAGUAUCCUUUUUGAUUUUGACCUUGCUGUCAAUGAGCUAUACCAUCUUUCGGAGUAUAAAUCAAUAAUAAGUUGGGUUCCCACUGAAUUUUCAAAAAACUUUAACAAAUCAGUUCCCGAGUCAUAUUUGAGAUUUACCGAAACUAAUGGAUACAACUUGAAAUGGGAUGAAGAAAUUGAAAAUGAUGAAGAGUUGAAAUCACUUCCGUUCAGAUUUCAGAAGAAGAAACUUGCCGAAAGGGAAGCCUCGUUGACUUCAAAAUUCCCCUUUCGAAAACAAACAAUUGACAAGUAUCAACAAAGGGAAAAUGAAAUUUUCAAUAAGAUCAACCAAGAAAGUUUGACUAAUAAUAUCAAAACGAAACCCUCCAGCAAGUCAAAAGAGCCAGUUAAAAAGGAUGUACACAAAAUACGAUCUCAAGUAAAGGCAUCGAGGAAGCAGGACAACCCCCCACAAGUCUUUGAGGUAACGGAAGAUGUGAUUGAUGUCUCAAAUAAUAGCGACAGUGGUCAGGGAAUAUUAAAUGACGAGAGCAAAGAUAUGCAUGUCUCACUUAACAAAAGGAUAAAACGCAUUUCUAGGAGCUUGCCAAAGCUUCUUAUAACACAUCCGUCUCAUGUUCCUGGUUGGAUCCCACAAUCUGCAGAUACGGACUUGCUGGCCGGCAAAUCUAAACACGAGAGUAAGACGCUCAAUUUCAAGCCUGAGGAUGUGAGGAUUGAACAAACACAAGAUGAAGAAAUUAUCGCUUCAAAUCUAUCCACGAAACUACAAUGCUUUUUGCAAAAUUCUUAUAGAACUCCAAUUAUUGAUGAACUGAAUGCUCCAGAUUUCAAAUUCACAAAAGAAGAGUUUGAUACAGUAAAUGCACAACAGAGAGAGAUGUUCAAAACUAUCUGGCAUAAACUCAACAUUGAUAAUACCUUAGAAUUCAAUGCCAACAAGAUAGAACGAAGAAAAGUUAUCAUCCCUCCUAUUUCAAAUGUCAAGUUGAAUGAUCCAUUCAGGAAUACUUCCUCGGUGAUUCCAAAGAUGCAAGGUUCUAACAAUGAUUUGACCCACCAGGAUUACUUGUUAUCGCAAGGCAUGGCAUUUUCGCGCAUUCAUCAUCAAAUGAGACGACAGCAUAUUAAUCGUGCUCGAAAAGUUGCAUCUAUAAUCGACCAACAUUUCAAAAAGAAAAGAGGUGAGAAAGAGCGACUUUUGAGGGAGCAAGAACAAAAUUUGAAAAAGAUGAGUAGAGUUGCUAUGCAGGCAGUUAAAAAGAGAUGGAAUGAUGCUUUCAAGGUGUACCUGAUUAUUCAAACGGCAAAGGAAGAAGAGCUCAAAAAGGUAAAGGGACGAGAGCAUUUAAGUCAAAUGUUGCAGCAUUCAACUCAGCUUCUCGAAGCACAAUUAACUUCGUCUAAAGAAGCAACUGCAGAGAUUGAGAGUGAUACAUGCGGAGACGAUGAUGUGGAUGUGGAUGAUACCGAUGAUUCAGACAAUUUCUCGUCAAGCUCGGAGGAUGAGGAGGAGGAGGAAGAUGAGAACAAGAAUAAGGCCGAGAAUGGUUCUACUAGAGAAGAUGAUGCCGACAUAAACCUAUCUGUUGAAGAGUUGAGGAGAAAAUAUGCAAACAUCGAAAGUUCUGUUGAACCGAGUUCUGAAGCUACAUCAAAUAUGUCUAAGGAGAGAGAAGCGAUGCUGGACACCGAAGAGGAAAGUUUCGACGAAACUGGUGGGUUGAUGUCUUUAUAUGGGGAAGGUGAAGUAAUACCAACACAAAAUGGAGUAUCAAAGGACCUGCAGAUGUCUGAUGAUUAUUUAAAAAUAAUCAGCGAGCUGGAAUUCGACAAGAAUCAACUUUUGGACUCUGACGAAAGCAGUCCUAUUUCUGGAUCAAGCUCCGAAAACGAGCUGUCAGAGGAUUCUGGGAAUGAAAAAGACUCCAAUGCUGAGUCAAGCGAGCUGGAACUACCCAAUGGAACGCCUUUGGCCAAUUUGUAUGCUACAAAAAGUGGAGAUGCUGAUGACGAGAUUGACGAAGAUGUCCAAAGUUUCAGCGAAGAAAGCGAUGAGAAUAUGCUGGAUUCUGAGAAGGAAACUGAUGUUGCUGGCAGGAAAAACGCAAACGAGGACCGCGUGGAUAAAGUUUCUACAAAUGAAGAGGAGGAAGGUACAGAGAUUGUAAAUGGCUCAAGGGUCAGAGAUGUUGAAGUACCUUCUUUACUCCGUGGAACACUCAGGCCCUACCAAAAACAAGGUCUUAACUGGUUAGCGAGCCUUUACAACAACAACACCAACGGUAUAUUGGCAGAUGAGAUGGGUUUGGGUAAAACUAUCCAAACAAUAUCACUAUUGGCUUAUUUGGCCUGUCAGCAUCACAUCUGGGGACCCCACUUGAUUAUUGUCCCUACGUCAGUCAUGCUAAAUUGGGAUAUGGAAUUCAAAAAGUUUGCUCCCGGGUUCAAAGUUUUGACAUACUACGGAUCACCACAGCAAAGAGCACAGAAAAGAAAGGGAUGGAACAAACCGGAUGCGUUCCACGUUUGCAUCACCUCUUACCAAUUAGUGGUGCAGGAUCAGCAAGCUUUCAAAAGAAGGCGCUGGAGGUAUAUGAUUUUAGAUGAGGCGCACAACAUUAAGAAUUUUCGGUCGACCAGAUGGAAAGCGUUACUCAAUUUCAAUACUGAGAACAGGUUGCUACUCACUGGUACUCCCUUGCAAAACAAUUUGAUUGAAUUGUGGUCCUUAUUGUACUUUUUGAUGCCCUCUUCCAAAGCCAACUUGUCGAUGCCCGAAGGAUUUUCAAAUUUGGAGGAUUUUCAACAAUGGUUUGGUAAACCCGUUGAUAAGAUUCUAGAGCAAACGACAUUAGGCAAUAACUCUGACUUGAUUGAUGAAAAUGAAAAGGCAACGCUGAAAAUGGAUGAGGAAACAAAAAAUACAGUGUCGAGAUUACAUCAGGUGUUGCGGCCGUACAUUUUACGAAGAUUGAAGAAGGAUGUGGAAAAGCAAAUGCCGGGAAAAUAUGAGCAUAUUGUUUACUGUCGACUUUCCAAAAGACAGAGAUUCUUGUAUGAUGACUUUAUGUCUCGUGCAAAGACAAAGGAAACAUUGGCUUCAGGCAACUUUUUGUCCAUCAUCAACUGUUUGAUGCAAUUGAGAAAAGUUUGCAACCAUCCAGAUUUGUUUGAAGUGAGACCGAUAGUGACAUCUUUUUCCAUGUCGAAGUCAGUUUCAUCACCUUUCCAAUACGUGAAUGAAUUAGUCAAGAAAAUGACUGUCAAUUCAAAGGAAAUGGUUGACUUUAAUGUACUCAAUUUGAAUAUAACUAGCAAUGAUCGUCUAAAUCAUUUUGUGUCGGAGGCAACCUCACGAUUGCAGUCACUGGCUCCAAUACAAGGGCAAAUUCAAGAGUUGGAGAGUUUAAUCGCCAACGUGGAAAACACUUCCACAGAUUUUGUUUCCUGUUUCCAAGAAUUGAAGAGUCAGGAGCAAGUUGAGCUCAAGAAUAAGCUUCUGCAUGUUCUUUAUCUCAACACAUUAAGAUGCGAAAGAAAGUCAAUUUAUGGCGACUCGUUACUUGACAUCUUAACAAUUAAGGACAAAAAGUUUAACCUGCCGCCAUUUGACAAGCUAAGUUUGUCCAUUGCUGAAAGAGCUAAUGUCAUGUCGGACGAGAUUGAAAAAUACUCCAUAGUAACACCUGCAGCAGUUGCGUUGGAUAUGAAAGACCAGUUAAUUCCUAAAUCCAUUCAGUACAAAGUGAAACCUGAAGUUAUGAAUGGCGCAAUAACCAAUCCUUUCCACCAGUCUCAAGUGAAAUUGUCAAUAGCUUUUCCUGAUAAAACGUUGUUACAAUUCGAUUGUGGUAAGCUUCAGAAAUUAGCCCAGUUGUUGAGAACACUAACUGCCGAAGGUCAUCGUGCUCUAAUCUUCACGCAAAUGACAAAAGUGCUUGACAUUUUGGAACAAUUUUUGAAUAUUCAUGGUUAUCGGUACAUGAGAUUGGAUGGUGCUACAAAAAUCGAAGAUAGGCAGUUAUUGACAGAGAAGUUUAACCGUGACUCUAAGAUCCCAGUAUUCAUCUUGUCAACUAGGUCAGGUGGAUUGGGUAUUAAUUUAACGGGUGCGGAUACGGUGAUAUUUUACGACUCAGAUUGGAACCCAGCUAUGGACAAGCAGUGUCAAGAUCGAUGCCAUCGUAUAGGGCAAGUUAGAGACGUUCAUAUUUACCGAUUUGUAUCUGAGUCCACAAUUGAGUCCAACAUCAUCAAAAAGGCCAAUCAAAAGCGGCAAUUGGACAAUGUUGUCAUCCAAGAGGGUGAAUUCACUACUGAUUAUCUAGGACAAUUCUCUGUUCGCGAUUUAGUGAAUGAUCCAAACAUUUCAGAAAGCACAAAGGAGCUAGCCAAUAGAACUAUUGACUUUUCAGGUGACACGAAAAUGACCAAUGCAUUUGCACAAGCAGAGGAUGAAGAGGAUAGAGUAGCAGCUGGAGCGGCUUUGAAGGAGGUUGCUGUUGAUGAUGAAGACUUUACGGAUGAAACCAAGACGCAAUCCAAUGGCGCGACCAGUUCACCAGCGUUGAAAGGUUUAGAUGUCGAUGGGGAAAUACCAGAUGACGUCGACUUCGAAGAGGGUGUUGGUCACAUUGAUGAGUACAUGUUGCGGUUUAUCUCCGAUGGCUAUUACUAA